AUUUUAACCUAUUUAUUGCGUGUUUCAACACCGCCGUGUCGUUAAACACUUAAUUGCAGCCAGUAUUCAUUAUUUAAAUGUGCCAGUGAAGGUUAUUUUCUUUUUAUUUGAUGAGAAACGCGAAAUCGACAACUUGGUGAAGGACGUUAAUUACACGACGUAAAGUGGAAUUUUAAACCGGAUAUGAUGCGAAAAUAAUGUUUUUCUUUCAAUAAGGAAUUGAUUAAUCGUGUUUUUGUGUUGAAAUAAUUACUUAAUUACGUUUCUAUUUUGAUAAAGUUGACAUUUGACUUAAAUUAUGCCGGUAAAGAAGAUAACUUUUUUGUUUAUGUUUUGGAUUAGAUUCUCGCUUGGUUAUAAAGUGAUUUAUUGAUUUAAUAAACUACUAAUUAUUAAAUCAAAAAGAAUCAUUAAAUUUAAUUGUUAUAAAAAUAUUUUAACCUAAAAUCAGAUUUGAUUUGUCAAUUUUUUUUAUCCAAUUUCACAUCAUUUUCAAAUGUCAACCUAACCUAAGUCGCUUCGUUACAACCAGCAUACAUUAUUUAAAUGUCCCAGUAAAGAAUAUUUUCUUUUUAUUUAAUGUGAAACGCGAAAUCGACAACUUAGUGAAGGACAACAUCGGUUAUUUGAGAUUUUCUUAAAGAAAUGGAUGAUGAAGAAUCCCCCCGAAAUGAUGAACACCCCCCGGCAGUUCCACCAGAAAACGAAGAAGUCAUAUUAAGAGAAAUCGAAGAAUUAUUACUCGACGACAUCCAAGUAAUUAUUUAAUCUAAUCAAUUAAUUUAUUUUUUUUUGUUUAAAGGAACAUUUUGAAACCAACCAGGCGAAUAAAGACAACAACGAUGAUAGCGCCGAUGAGAGACUCGGAGAAUCUUACGAACGAGCCAACGAACGCUUAACAUUCCCAAGAAAAUACAAAAUGAAAUUCCCUUAUACCAAAACAUCAAUAAUUUCAUCGAUUUCAUGCAGUGGAGAACUAUCUAAAAGCACAAACCAAAAAUCCGUGAUAAAAAGGCGCAUUUAUAUCACAUCGUGUCACGUUAAAGAGCAAUGUAACAAAAAAUUGAGUUUGGUUUCGUUAGAACCCCAUUUAUCACCGAUCGCUAAAGGAAAAAUCGAACUAAAAGAAACAAAUUGUGGUCUUUUACUAACGUUUUACGAUGAAGAUGAUUUUAAUAAAAUGCUCCGAAUGAGUUUGUCGAAAAUUUUUAACACCCCAAUCGCCGUUUGGAACAUCCCGCACAUUAAUUCGAGAGUAAAUAACACAAUAAUCAUUCGUGAUAUCCCCUGGUGUGUUAAAACCAAAGAAAUCGAGGAUGUUUUAAACGUUUAUGGAGUUUGUCCUUUAUAUUCGACGAGAAAUGAAGAUGGCUCGAUUAAAGUAGUCGUUAAAAACCCAUUUUCCUUAAACAAAUUGUUACGGGAUGGAUUAAAUUUUUAUAAUUCAAUUAUUUUACCGGUUUCGUUAGAACCAUCACCGAAUCCCGACAUCAUCCAAUGUUAUAGGUGCCAAAGAUUUUGGCACACAGCCCAAUUUUGCCCGUUUAGCGAACGUUGUGUGAGAUGUGGUGAUAAACACGAUUUCCGUAUGUGCACGAGAGAUAGAAAUGACCCAAAUUGUUGCUUGUGCGGUGACGCGCAUCACGCAGCCUAUAAAUAUUGCCCGGUGAGGAUACAACAUCUCAAUACAGUCCAAGUGGAUGUUAAUUUAGAACGAGAAUGAUGUUUAUUUUGAGGUUAUAAAUAAAUUAUUUUGUAAACAACAAAUUGUCAUUUCACUUAGCGCCAUCUACCACGUCAUACUACAUAACCUAAAAAUUCGAUGCGACACAUUUUCAUAACACGCCAAGUAAAAGUGAAUUUAACCCGAUUUUUCGCUACCUCCGCAAUGAGUCGCGAAAAAGAAACGAUCCAAACAAUAACCGAAGGAAAAGCUAGCGUAAAAACGAGCGGAAAAGUUUUUUACAACCCCGUACAAGAAUUUAAUAGAGAUUUAAGCAUUGCCGUUUUAACCGCUUUCGUAAAAAAUUUUAAAACUGGGAAAGAAAAGGCGAGAAAAAAUGCUGAAAUAAACGUGAUUUUAAAUAAAUCAAAUCAUGAUGUAGGGGUUAAAAAUGAGGAUGGAAUCGUAAUCUUAGAGGCGUUAUCUGCGACGGGACUUCGCAGUAUCCGCUAUGCUAAAGAAAUAGGGGGAAUUAAAGAAAUUAUCGCUAAUGAUAUCUCGCAAAAAGCCGUCGAGAGUAUUAAAGAGAAUAUCCUUGAGAAUAAUGUUGCUGAUUUAGUGACAGCUAGUUUUAACGAUGCUACGAUGUUAAUGUAUCAACAUAGAAUCGAUCAAUUUGACGCUAUCGAUUUAGAUCCAUAUGGAUGCCCAUCAAUAUUCCUCGAUUCCGCCAUACAAUCGAUUAAAAACGGUGGGAUUUUAUUAGUAACAGCAACAGACAUGGCAGUUUUAGCGGGCAAUUCUCCAGAAACUUGUUAUAGUAAAUAUGGGUCAAUAUCGUUACGGAUAAAAUCAUGUCAUGAAAUGGCUUUACGCAUCCUUUUACAAUGCAUCGAAUCCCAUGCAAAUCGUUACGGAAAAUACAUCGAGCCCCUUUUAUCAAUUUCGGCUGAUUUUUACGUCCGCGUUUUUGUUCGUGUUUUCGAAUCGGCCCAUAAAUGUAAAUACACUCUUAGUAAGUUAUCAACGGUGUAUCAUUGCGGUGGGUGUGGAUCUUUCGAGUUACAACCGUUGGGGGUAAUUCGAAAAAAUGAAAAAAAUGGGCAAGACAAGUUUUGUUUACCGACUUGGGGAGGUGUUGGUGAGAAAUGUGUGCAUUGUGGGCAUAGUUAUCACGUUGGAGGUCCAAUUUGGUCGGCUCCAAUCCAUGAUAAAAAUUUUGUGCGGUUAGUUUUGGAUAAUGCCCCAAAUGAAUUGGGGACUUAUAAAAGAAUUAAAGGGAUUUUAUCGGUAGUUCUUGAAGAAUUAGAUGAUCCUUUGUAUUAUACUUUAGAUAAAUUAGCGGGGACUUUGCACGUUGAGGUGCCCCCCAUGUUGACAGUUCGUUCAGCUAUUUUAAACGCUGGAUUUAAAGUAUCUUAUACUCACGGAAAUAAAUAUUCCAUCAAAACGGACGCCCCCGGAAAAGUAAUUUGGGAUAUUAUGCGGUGUUGGGUUAAAUCACAUCCUGUGAGCCAAAAAAGAUUAACUCCUGGUACUCCCGUUGAAGUUAUUUUGAGGGAAAAACCCGAAAAAGAUUAUUCAUUCGAAAUCCAUUCCGAAGCAAACCCGGAAUCGAAAAAAUUGGGUUUGGUCAGGUACCAAGUGAAUCCAACACCAUUUUGGGGACCUGGAACAAGAGCAACCGCAAUGGUUUGUGAUGAAAAAACGAAUAAAAGUAAGAAAAACCAAAAUAAACGGAAAAGAGAACCAUCCGAAGAGAAAUUAUAAUGUAAUAAGCAUUAAAAAUAAAUUUAUUUUUGAUUAA